AAAAACCAAGCUAUAAAGUUUCCAUUGGACAUCCACGCGGACUCCUAAAGACGCACCACUCGCCUUUGCUGGCUCUGGGUCUGCGAUAAUCUUUACCAACACACUCGUUAUUACCUCUGCGAAGAGAUUUCAGCACAGCCAUGCCGCAGAAAGCCGCUCAGCAAGCUGGGAUUCCCGAAGGGCGCGGAGUCAGGUACGACGAGAUCGAUAUGGCGCUCUUCCGCGCCAAGCUCUCCUACCAUGCGACGGCCGAAGAGCGCAUGGCGUCGCGAGAUCCCAAUCUCGUUUCUAUCUCGGAACAUCAAGCGCGAUUGUUGAGGCUCUGGGAGAUGCACCAGCACUCGAGGGAGGAAAAGAACGGCGGUAACAUGACACCGGCCGAGAGGAACCAGCUAGCGCAGUUUCAAUGGCGAUACAAACGAUUGGAGGACCUCGCCACGCAGGGCACGAGGUAGUAGCCAAGGACGAUAGCAGCAUCAACAUGAGGGUUAUUUGGAAGAGCGGCAUCAUGGGGCGUUUCGUUAGAUGUAGAUUCACGAAGCUUUUGGUUGUUGAUUCGAGACAACCGGCUGUGGGUGUUUAAAUGGCCCGUGGAUCCUGAUUUUUGUUCUGUUUCUUGUUCUUAUCCAUGUCCUUGAUUUCCUUUUUGCCUGCUGGAUACUUGCAUCUAAACGUUAUUUCCUCUCUCUCUCUCUCUCUCUC